GCACGCCGCAGGGCAUCGGGGGCGGGGCUGGCGUGGAGCUGUGCGCCUACCUCUCGAGCAGGGUCUGCUGGGCGUCGGCGCUCCUGGUUUUUAAUGGUAUGGUGCUGGGGGCCGCAGGGGUCUGCCGAGCAGGCCUCGGCUACUCGAAACCGAGGGGGCAGGAGGCGGGAAUAGGAGCCCAGACGGGAGCUCCGCGGCCUGCUGUGAAGCAACCCCGUCUCUUUCUGCUGUGCGUCUACCUGGUGGGAUUCUUGGAUUUGUUUGGUGUCAGCAUGGUUGUCCCUUUAUUGAGCAUUCACAUUAAGUCUCUUGGAGCAAGUCCAACAGUUGCUGGAAUUGUAGGCUCCUCCUAUGGCAUUCUGCAGCUCUUUUCUAGCCCAGUGGUGGGCUGCUGGAGUGAUGUGGUUGGAAGGCGGUUUUCCUUGCUGGUGUGUAUUCUCUUCAGUGGCUUGGGUUAUCUUAUUCUUGGAGCAUCUACCAAUGUAUUUGUGUUUGCUCUCGCCAGAGUCCCUGUGGGUAUUUUUAAACAUACACUCUCCAUUUCAAGGGCUUUGCUUUCUGAUCUGGUUCCAGAGAAGGAAUGGCCAUUAGUCAUUGGACAGUUAAAUGCAGCAUCUAGUGUGGGCUUCAUUUUGGGACCCAUGGUUGGUGGCUAUCUUAUUGAACUAGAUGGUGGAUUUUAUCUCAUAUGCCUCAUCUGUUUUUCUGUCUUCCUUCUCAAUGCUGGUCUUGUUUGGCUGUUUCCAUGGAGUGAAAUAAAAGUCAGUAGUACGAAGAAUAGCCUGGGAUUGGGUAAGAACCAUGCAUCUUUGGGAAAGACAGACCAUGAAGUUCAGGAGGCAAGCCCUACCCCUGGGAUCAUGGUGAGUGAGAAGAUGCCUAGGCCAUCCUGGAUGGAAGUCAUGUCCACACUGCAGGACGUGAAGAGCCUGGUAUUUUCUAAAAUGUGGGACAUAUUUCUAGUACGUUUGCUGAUGGCCAUGGCAGCCCUGCUGUACCACAGUAAUUUUGUCUUGGCUCUCAAGGAGCGCUUCGGGGUGAGGCCCAUGGUGGCAGGCUACCUCAUCAGUUACAGCAGCACCCUGGGGGCCCUGGCUGGUUUGGUUCUGGGUCCAAUCCUGCGGCUGUAUGGGCACAACUCCCACAGGGUCCUGCUGCACUCCAGUGUGCUCACCUUCUUGCUCCUGUUGCUCUAUUCCAUGGCCCCCACCAUGAGAACUGUCAUUUUCUCCUCCACGCUCCUGGCUUUCUCCACAGCCAUUGGCAGGACUUGUAUUACAGACCUCCAACUAACUGUGGGUGGGGCCCAUGCCAGGGGCACCCUCAUAGGCUUGGGGCAAUCAGUGACAGCAGUGGGCCGAGUCAUGGCCCCCAUCCUCUCUGGAGUUGCCCAGGAAGUCAGUCCUUGUGGCCCACCCAGUCUGGGGGCUGCAUUAACCUUGGUAGCUGUUUUCAUAAUGUCACUAAACAAAUCUCGCUAUGGUGGUGAUACGACCGAUAGAUUAAAAAGUGAAUAGAAUGAAUUUAGACGACACAAAGAAGCAAAAUUGAUGGUGGUGAAUGAGGGGCAGAGGCCAAGUGAGAAAGGUGUUUUGGAAAGGGUGAGUGAUCUAAGUGAAAAGACAUAUUUCUACUCGAGGUCAUCCAGGUCAUCCUCCAGCUCUGCAUUCAGCCCUGUGGAUGAUCAGAAGUCAGAGCCUUGCCAAAGGGGAACAUAUUAAAUAUAUACUUAAAAGUCUUUUCUUCCCAUGUGGAUCAGUGAGGAUAAAUCAAGGGGAAAAGAGCUACCAGCUACAGGAUAAGAAAAUAGUGAUGGGAUCGGAGAACCUGGCAAGUGCAAGAAGGGAAGAGAUCCAAGUGUUUUCCUUCUCAAUAAAAAUAAGGUAACAUUAGUGCUUAUCAGCUGGGAUACAGGUUCCUUCUCAAUUGUGUAAGUGAAGAGGGAGAUUUUCUACUAUCAAAAUGCUAGAGAUUGAAGAAGCUGCUUUAUUAAAGCUAGUUUGUCACUUCCUCAAGUCAUAACAAGGUUAUGAAUGCUAGUUCCACCUGGGGACCUGGUUAAAAAUCAGAUGCCCAGCCUCACCCCAGAGACUGAUUACAUGGGCCUAGGUGAGGCCAGAUAUCUGUUGUAUAUGGUUAAGUACCACUUGCAGUUCCUCAUGGAAUUUGAGAAAGGAUUUGAUUAGAGUAAAACCCAGGGGGAGAUUUGAUUGUUUUAUUGGUAGCUAACUCAGUUUGGACUGUCUGUUAAAAUGUAAUCACAGUCUGUUAUACUUUCCCCAGCUACUAGCAUUGUAUCCCAUAACAUUUGUACAGAAUAUGAGUGUCAGGUGUCAUACCUCACUGGAGGGACUUAACUCUAGAGUGUCUUGUGUUGAAAAUAAUUUCCUUUAUUUUACUAUCACACCUGUGCAUAGAAGAGCUGUGUUUGUCUACAGAGACACAUUUUGGUGUGCAUUUUCCUAGGCCUAGACUGAACUGCCGUUCCAAAAUUACUGCCCAAGGGAUAAGGGGCCCAGAAUGAAGUUAGCACAGGCUCACACAAAGGUAUUUGUAAAGCACAUCCUGACCUAUUGGGAUGACAUCAGUUAUUAAUAAAAAUUACUUAAGAGCUCCCUCUGUUUUCCUUGUACAAAUCACCAAAGUGCACAUUCCUGUCAACCUUCUUAAUUAGCCCAGUAAGAUAUUAUUCCUACUUUCACCCUAAUGCACAUAUAAUUGUAAAUAAUAUUUUAACACCCUAAUUUUUUAUAAUUUAAGUACUUCCUGGGUGUUAAGCAGAAAAAAUAUUUCUGUAGUUUUAGAAAUUGCAUAUGGGGUAAACUCAAGUACUUAUGAUAACUUAAUUGGUUGGAAAUUUGAAGAUUGUUUAUGAGAAAAAUAUAAACUUUUUAUUGUGUUGUAAUUCUGAACUUUUAUAUUGGGUUGGCCAAAAAGUUGGUUUGGUUUCUGUAAGAUGGCUCUAGUAGCGCUUAGUUGUCUAACUUCACUUGAAAUGAUUUUGUUAUAUUAUAUUGUGACAGCUGUUAUAACAACAUGCAUUUAAAAAGAAAAACAUCAAGAUUGGUGAUUUAUUUGUGUGUUGUGGGCCGCCCUGCCUGGUCUCAGGAAGCUGUAACUCCCCAUGACUUAGGCUGAGUGAAAGACCUCUGGACCAGGAGCCGCUGAAGGAGACAAAACUUAUUUCCCUGGCAUCAACGCUGCCUGUUCAUAUGGCUCAUUCCUCAUGCUUAAACGGCAGUCAAUGACGGGUAACAAUUCUCUUGAAUAGAGAAUGAACUUCAGACAGACGCGUUCACGAAGGAAUGGCAGGGACAAGACUCACGGGGCUGUGGAAAUAACGGGGUGAUCGACAUCCAUCACCAAUUUUGCCAAUUCCUGAGUCUUUGCUCUUGGAUGUGAGAAAUCCAGGUCUCUUGACUGCCUUUGUUUUCUCUGUUAACUCAGGAUAGCAGGGGCAGCCCAGACCAGAAAUGGCAGACCCCCAGGGUAGUCAGGCCUGGGACAUAGAAUAUGCAAGAUCCUGUGAGAUCUGUUUGCUGGAGGAUGUUAUUAUCUUGGAAUUUAAAAGCACAGGCAGGAAACUUUUGGAACCUGUACCUCUUUCGUAUGUUAAAGACCAGAAACCUUGCCCAGAAUCUCAGCAGGAGUGCUGUCCCCACCUUUGUAAGUUGUUUACAUCUUUUGAUAUUUUCUGCCAGACUGUGAAUCCACAAACUAAGUCUGUUUUCUCAAUAAAAAUCUGCUUGGGUGUGGACAUGAGGCACUCCCCAGGUGAGGAGUGGCCAUGGUGCCCUCCAGGAGAGAGGGUGGCUAAGGCGCUCCCUGCGUGAGGAGUGGCCCUUCUGUUCCUGUUCCCCCACAGGACCUGGUUGUCUCUGUGUAUGUUUUUAGCACGUUUCGAUGAACAUCUGCAGCCGAGAUAUACACUGCUGGCUGGUAUCCUCCACAUUUGUGUAGCCAUUUUAAAAUAGAAAAUGGAAGAAAAUAGUCCUGGCUAGUGUGGCUCAGUGGAUUGAGUACCGACCUGCAAACCAAAAGGUUACCCAUUCAGUUCCUAGUCAGGGCACAUGCCUGGAUUCUGUUCCAGGUCCCCAGUAGGGGGCGCAUGAGAGGCAACCACACAUUGAUGUUUCUCUCCUCUUUCUCCCUCCUUCCCCUCUGUCUAAAAACAAAUAAGUAAAAUCUUAAAAAAAAAGAAAAUAAGCAACAUUUUCAGCAUAUUAUGCUUUAUUAUUUCAAGAAAGGUAAAAACAACAAAUGUGAAAAAAGAUUUGUGAGGUGUAUGGUGAAGGUGCUAUGAGUAAUUGGACAUGUCAAAAGUGUUUUGCAAAGUUUUGUGCUGGAGAUUUCUCGCUGGGUGAUGCUCCACCGUCAGGUAAACCAGUUGAAGUUGAUAGGGAUAAAAUUGAGACAAUAACUGAGAACAAUCACUGUUAUACCAUGCGGGGAAAUAGCCAACAUACUCAAAAUACCCAAAUCAAUAAAGUUAUUGGUGAAAAUGAAAAAUGUCUUUUAUGGAAAAAACUAAACAGACUUUUUGGCCAACCCAGGUGCUUAGUGCCUUUGAGGGGACCGAAGUAUGAUAUAAAAUGACGUUGCCCUUUAGUAGUAUAGUAACUUGCCAUGGAAGUUAGACUCAAAGGCCAGUAAACCAAGGUUUUUUGUAAUAAAGUAGAAUUUCAAAAGAAUUUCUCUAAAAAUUAUCUUUUCUUCACUCUUAGAAAUGGACAAAUUCCUUAGAAGCUAUUAAAUAUGGCCUAGAUAAAUCAUAGCGGUUUAUUUCUGAAGUUAAAUAAAAGCCUAUAAACUUAAUGAGGGUUUACAAUUAAGCAAAGAUUGAUCUUAGUCUAUAGCAUAGAGAAAUGUUUUUGUUAUUCUCCACUGGUAGUUUCAGUGUUUUGUUCAGGUGAUUUUUUUUUUAGAUAAAUACUUUGUCACAGCUCCUCUUACUAGUCUGAUGUACUACUGUUAUUCAAGCUGUGUUCUGGGGACCAGCAGGGUCAGGGUUCCCUGGAGCAGAUACCCCACUUCAGACCUGCUAGGGACCAUUUCACAAGACACCCAGCUGCUUUGUAUAUACAGUAAAGUUUGAAAACCACUAUUGUAAAGGAUAAUAUUUGUGCAAUCUAUGGAAUAUGACCUCAGGGAUAUUAAAUCUGCUCAAUUAAAAUCUGUGUUGAUUUUUAAAUUGUUUUGAGUAUCUUUUGUAAUCCUUUCCAAAGUAUUAGGUUGAGCCCCAUGAAAUUGUUAUUUUUAUAAGUCAAAAAUAUCUGCAAUUUCAUGUGACUCAACUUAAUUCUUCUAUGUAAUCUUACUUUAGAGGCAUUGAACUUACUUGAAAAGUUUAUAUAGGAAGUGGCACUCUUUCAACAUUAUGCCAACCACAAUUGGUUGAAGCACAGGCCAGGGCUCUGUGAAUUGCAUUGUCUGACAGUGCCAGGUGAUGAGGUUACUGACCACGGUGAGCAUUUUCUUCUGGUCACUUUCAUAGCACCUUUACCAAGCCACUUCAAGCUAAAG